AUGUAAUAUUUGCAACGUACAAAAAUUUCUAUUAAAUGAAGGAAUGAUGUUGAGCAGUAUUACAAAACAUAUCUUACACUGUUGUUUAAUGCUUAUUGUCAUAAUUAUUUUUGAACUGAUUACUGGAGGACUUAGCUGGAGUGAUAAUAAAAAGGAAACAUUUGAUCCAUGGGUCCAAUAUGGAUUUUUUGGUGCCCUCACAUUAUACUUGCUACGAACAUUUACAUUUCUUUCUUUCCCUCAAGUUUUGUUUAACUUUGUGGGAUUAACAAUAUAUAAUGUAUUCCCAGAUAAAGUUGUUUUGCAAGGUUCCCCAUUACUUGCACCAUUUGUUUGUAUUAGAAUAGUAACACGUGGAGAUUACCCACAAUUAGUGAAAGAAAAUGUGGAAAGAAAUUUAAAUAAGUGCAUAGAAACUGGUUUGGAAAACUUUCAAAUAGAAGUAGUUAGUGAUCAACCAAUUGGAUUACAGCUUCAUAGAAGAAUCAAAGAAAUUGUUGUACCACCAAACUAUCGUACAAGUAGUGGUGCUUUGUUUAAAGCUCGUGCUUUACAAUAUUGCUUAGAAAAUUCAGUAAAUGAAUUAGGAGAUAAUGAUUGGAUUGUACAUCUUGAUGAAGAAACAUUAUUAACUGAAAAUUCCAUUCGUGGAAUAUUAAAUUUUGUAUUGGAUGGAAAACAUCAGUUUGGGCAAGGGUUGAUAACAUAUGCGAAUGAAGAUGUUGUUAAUUGGAUUACUACUUUAGCAGACAGUUUUAGAGUAGCAGAUGAUAUGGGAAAAUUACGGUUACAAUUCACAAUGUUUCAUAAACCUUUCUUUAGUAUGAAAGGUUCUUAUGUUGUUUCUCAAAUGUAUGCAGAAAGACAAGUUUCCUUCAACAAUGGAUUAGAUGGAUCUGUUGCAGAAGAUUGUUUCUUUGCAAUGAAAGCAUUUACCCUGGGUUAUACAUUUAAUUUUGUGGAUGGUGAAAUGUGGGAAAAAUCACCAUUUACAGUGUGGGACUUUGUGCAACAAAGAAAAAGAUGGUUACAAGGUAUAUUACUUGUUGUACAUUCCAAAGCUAUUCCAUUGAAUAAAAAGCUGCUUUUAGGCAUAUCUUGUUAUUCAUGGAUAACUUUGCCUCUUUCUACUUCAAAUAUUGUAUUAGCUGGAAUUUAUCCCAUUACAUGCCCACCAUUUAUAGAUUUCCUAUGUGCUUUCAUUGGUGCAAUGAAUAUCUAUAUGUAUGUUUUUGGAGUAAUUAAAUCAUUUUCUUUAUACCGAUUCAGUAUUUUUCGAUUUAUAGCAUGUAUAUGUGGAGCAUUACUAACAAUUCCUUUUAAUUUAAUCAUUGAAAAUGUUGCAGUUAUAUGGGGUUUACUUGGAGAAAAACAUAACUUUUAUGUUGUUAAUAAAGAGUACAAACUUAAUGAGCGUAUAAAUUUAAAUAUAUAA